CGGGUGUGGUCGCAGCACCACCCCCCCCCACUCCCACACAAUGUCCAGAAUGUCGGUUGCAAAAUCAGCGAGAUCUGACAAGUUGCUCGGCAGCCGGUCGGCCCCCACCGCAGCAUCGCUGUCCAAUCCCACCGAGUCGAGCCCGACCGGCGGCGCCCCGCCCGAUCUCUCGCAUCUCCCAGCAACCACCGAGGCCGAUCUCUUGUCUGAGCCAGCCGACCCAGCUGCUCUGCCAGCGCCAGCCGAUCUCAACGCUGUUGCUGCCGCUGCCACCGCCGACGCCAGCCAGCCCCGACACCCGCCUGACGCUGUCCUCUUGGCUUCUCCAGGAGACUCGCCCCGCUCUUUCCUGCCCCCCCUCGAAUCGCGUAAAUUCUCGCCGCAGGAGAGCAACAGCCCACAUCCGCCCGCCCUGAAACACGCCAAACCGCUGUCGUCGCAUGAAGAUGACAACAAACCUAUGACUCGCGCCCAAGCUUAUCCCAACACCUCGUCCCUCCUGCCGAGCCAGGACAGCCCCGAGGACCGACCCUACCCUUCACGCAGAACCCGCCAGGCCGCUGCUGCGGCUGGAGCGUCGCUCUCAGACCGAGCCCGUUCGCUCAACAGAGAGACCGAGGCUGAGAUGUUUCCGCUCAAACGAAGAAGAGCCGAGGAAGCAUCAGAAGGCACUCGAUCUGUCGACAGCACCACUCCCGAGGCCAGCACCAACGGAGCCGCCGAUGCCGAGAGCGUCGCUAACGGAGAUUCGUCGCUGGCCAACUCCGAGACCGCGAUCUCGGGAUCGAGACCAGAAAAACGAACAAAGAUUACCCGAUCGACUGCCAGAUUGGCCGCCCUGGACGCUCGCUCCUUUAUCCCGGAACCAGCACAGUCCGACCCCGAACCAACAGCCUCAUCGAAGGCCAAACAGCUUGGCUCGAUCAAGACCGAGCCCGACGUAUCAAAAUCCACCGAUCGCCCCGCUCUCUACUCCUCCGCCCACCAGGACGCGCAUGAGUCAUCUGUCGCCAAAGACACCAAAGACACCAAACCGACCCCACGAAGCGAUGGGCCAGAGACCCGCUCUGCUGGCUCUGCUGGCUCUGCUGUGACUGCUGCACAUAUCUCCAGCGCUGCCGAGGGUCUGCCGCCAACCGUAGCGGUCGGUGAUGCCGCAUCUCCCGCCGCGCCUCAGCUCGAUGACGAUGAAGGCGACGUUGUUGAUCUGGAAGACGAUCUGCUGGGAUCACUGAACCUUCAGCAAGUGCAAGCAGCCGAGGGAGAUGCUCUGGACCGAGCCAAAGCGGAAAUGGAGAAGAUCUCGGCUGACAUUGAUGCAUGGUCGAAAUUCUACUUUGAUCUGAUAAACCAAGAUAUCCUCUUGGAACAAUCGGUGCUGGAAGAUGAAACACACACAGAGUUCAAGAUACAGUGCGAGCGCAUCCAGUCACAGCGGGACUCAAAGCUCGAGCGGGCGGAAUCACGGCUUCGUCUCGCGGAGGAGCAGGCCCAGACCAUGGUCGAUGCCGCGGUUCGGUUAGCACAUCAAACUUACAACGACGGUGCCCGCAAGAUCCGGAAAGACAUUAUGGAAUCAACGUCAAGUACAAUCUGGGGGCUUCGCUCGGAAUACGAAAUGUCGUCGUAUACCAGGCCAUCUGGCCAUGGCUUUGUGUAUGGACCCCUCACGUUGUUCAAGAAGAAGAAGGCGGCGAUAGAGUCGGCCGGACGCACCUCCUCGGGCCUGCCGGAGGGAGUGCAGUCGAUACCAGAUUGGGCAAGGGCAAUGAUGAGGAAGCGCAAGCAGCUGGGACUCAAGCCCGUGGCCACUCCCUCGUUCUGCGAUGGACUGAACGAAAACGAGAAGGAGGAGGAUCUGAUGUUCAUUCGCUUGUUGACAGGAGGGGUAGUAUGAGCUGCAGCCAGCAGAGGGCAGCGCACGCAACAAAUACAGUUUUGAUUACAGUCU